AUGAAUUUAGACUUAUUGUUCACUCUAACUGAAUUUUCACAGUCUGAUAAUGAAUUGCCAGACUAUUAUGAAGCAUCUGAUGACUAUGAAACAACAGAUGAUGAACAUUUAAAUAAUGAAUCAGUUGUUUCUGAAGAAUAUAUAUCUAAAAAAAAAUGGAAUUAUAGAAUGAAUUUAAAAACUACUAUAGAAAAGCAAGCAGAGUUGGCCAAUCAUCUAGAUAUACUCGAAAUUUUAAUUGGUAGUUUUGCAGUAUCUGGUGGAGCUUCACUUGUCAAAACAGUAGCACAAGAACUUUUUCUAGCUAAGUUUACUAAAAAUACAAAAUUUUCUUAUUCUAAGCUUAGUUUUGAUCAAUCAAAAAGACUUAAUGAUGAACUAUUAGCAAGAAAUCUACAUAUAAAAGAACUCUGGACUUCAAUUUCUAAUACCAAUGAAAAUAACUCUAUGCUAUUUUGGUUAAAAUUAGCUAAGAAAGGUUUAAAUGGAGUAUUUGAAUCAAAAACUACAUUUAAAGGAUUAUGUGAAAUAAUGAUACAAAUAGCUCAACAUGAAGAUUAUAGCAAAAACAUUCAAAAUUUGAAAUAUUCUAAAAUAUUAUCCAUUUUACAGCU